AUGAGCUGCAAUGAAAAUGCAAGUGAGUCUGUUAAAAAUAAAGAUAAAAACGUUGAAAGAGACGUUAAUGGCGAUAAAAACGUUGAAAGAGGCGUUAAUGACGAUAAAGACGUUGAAAGAGACGUUAAUGACGAUAAAGACGUUGAAAGAGACGUUAAUGACGAUAAAGACGUUGAAAAAGACGUUAAUGGCGAUAAAGGCGUUGAAAGAGACGUCGUUGUCAAUGAAGACGUUGAAAAAGACGCUGUAAUUAAAUUUUUAUUUUUGAAAGGCAAUACGCCUUCACAAAUCAAAGAUGAGUUGGACUCUGUGUACGGUGACUCUGCACCAUCGUUUACCACCGUAAAAUUUUGGGCAGCUAAAUUUAAACGUGGUCACAGGAGCUUGGAAGAUGAUGAACGUCCUGGGCGUCCAAAAACUGUAACCAGUAACGAUAACAUCGCUAAAGUUCAUCAAUUGGUUCUAGACGACCGCCGGAUUAAAGUUAGGGAAAUAGCUGAGAUUGUGAAGAUGUCAAAAGAACGUGUUUGUCACAUAUUAAACCAAGAUUUGGGCAUGAGAAAGCUGUCCGCGCGUUGGGUGCCGCGUUUGCUUACGCUAGACCACAAACGUGCGCGCAUGAAUAUUUCCAGCGCUCUGUUGGCUCAGUUUAGAGGCAAUACUACCAAGUUUUGGCGCCGAUUGAUAACUGUAGACGAAACUUGGAUUCAUCAUUAUACGCCCGAAACAAAAAUCCAAUCUAAACAGUGGAUUGAAAAGGGGGAACCGGCCCCAAAAAAACCUAAAGCUGUGUAUUCGGCUGGGAAAGUGAUGGCGAGUGUUUUUUUGGGACAGCCAUAA